AAAACUACAUGUGACUUCUCACAUUGAAAAUUAUUAGUCAAAAGAUCAGUAUUAUUUUCCUUUGAAUGGUCCAUGGCCUGCCUAAAUCAACAAGGACUUUGCACAACAAUGGGUCCAAGAAUUUCAUUCUCUAAUGAUUUUGGUGAUAAUCAGCAAACAUUAAGGCAUGAACAAUAUGGCUACAAAGAGGCACCUGUUUCCUCUGAUUUCGAGUUUUCGGUCUCCGGUUACAAGAUGAUUCCAGCUGAUGAAGUUUUCUUUAAGGGUAAAUUGUUGCCCUUGAGAGAAAAUAGCACUAAGGCAACAACACUUAAAGAUGAACUUCUUGCUAAUGAUGAUGAUGAUUAUGAAGAGAUAUUUCCAUCAGUAGGAAAGGGGAGCUGGAAAGAACGUUUUGGUUUUAAGAGAGCUCCAAUUUUGCCAAAGAAAGUUGAUAAUAAAGAGACAAAAAUGCCUGAUUUCUUCAAUGACAUUAUCACAGGAGCUAACUGAUAGAUUGAAGAGGGAGGAUAAGCAAUGGUAAUGUUGUAGAGUUCUUGGAUCUAACAAGGGUGGACGUUCUUUUUUUCCUAUCUUGUUUUGGGGUGUUUUUAGAGAUUUUGAGAUUUUUCUUGACUAUUAGGAGACUGAAAACUUGUAAUCUCUUUGAUCAUUCAACCUCCACCCUUUAGAGAAAUGGACCAUGUACAGCGUCGUGAUUGUUCUUACGUUGUACAAAUGUUUUCGACUUUUAAGUACUUUUGAUGUAAUCUUUUGUAUUUGUUUGAUAGAAUCUAAUCUAAUAAUGCUCCUUUAUUGUCA